CGCGGCCGCGAAUUAACCACAGUCGCGCGCCGGCAGCCGACGGAGGAGACGGCUAAUGUGUUGUUUACGUUAUUGUUUUUUUUCACCAUUUUGUUAUCAACAUAUAGGAUACACCCACCAAUACCCAGUGGAUAUAAACUAUUGGAUAAUCAAGAGGUUCAAUGUUAAUUAUUGAUCAUGUACAAUCUAAAUGUGAACGUGAAUCCUAGUCCAACGACUGCCGCGGGUCUACUCGGCGUUGCGGCAGCCGAGGUCACACCGAGGACACCGGAGAUUGUAAAUUCAUUAAUUGCAAUGACAAAUCCCUUCGAGGGCUUUGCCAGUGAAAAAAGUCGCGAGAGGACAGACUCGACCAGCAGCGGGGGCGAGCCAAGUCCACCUAGUGUGCAGCACACUUGCAGUCAGUUGAUAAAAGAAGGACUCAAGCUGACGCUGCAGACGAAAAGGCGAGCGAAUGGCAGUGGUGAUGAGGGGAAAAAAAAGUCGAGGAAGGAGGAUAAUAGUGCUGACGAUGAGGAGGAUGAUGAUUCUAGUAAUCACAAUUUUAGAGCUGGGUUAACACCAGAAGACGAGGAAAGACGCAGAAGACGAAGGGAGCGCAAUAAAAUAGCCGCAACGAAAUGCAGAUUAAAAAAGCGUGAGAAAACGGUGAUUCUGGUACAGGAAUCAGAGACCCUGGAGUCACAGAAUCACGACCUAAAGUCCCAGAUCCAAGAGCUAGAGACCCAGAGAAGAAGACUCGUGGACAUGUUAAGCCUCCACACCCCGACAUGCCUGAAACAAGGUGCGAAUAGUGACACCUCCUGCCAACAAUUCAACGAUCCCCUCUACAUCCACAAUUACCAGGAUAAUUAUCCACCACCGGCCCUAAAUCAACCCCAGAAUUGUGUUACUGAGUAUCCAGUAAAAGUCGAGAGUUACGAGACAUCCGGGCAGGAUUAUUACAGAGAAGAUAGUCCGUUUGUUCCAACCUCCGAUGCAGGAUGCACAGCUUAGCUUAUGUUAAUUAUCUUUUCGUUUCGUUUUUUUGGUUUCAAAAUAAGUCUCUGCGAAUUCUCGAAAUGAAUGACAUCGUUAACUUCAUCGAUAAUAUUGACAAACUUGCAGAGAAAAUGACUAUGCAUUCCAUGAGAAAGUUGACAGAUUAGAAGAGAUAAAAUUGUUCAAUUGAAUAUCAGUGCCUUCCGUUCAUAAACGUCCACAGCAAAAUAAUUCUUAAGUGAAAAUCGCGUGCUCUCUCUCUCUCUCUCUCUUUUCUCUA